AAAGCGAUAUAUGCUGUAUGCAUAAAACUUUCUAUUUUUUUCCCUAGAUGGCUGUAAGUAUGCAGUGUCAAGUCCUCCACACUUACUGUAUCAAGAAAGAUCGAAACAAGAAACCAUAUAAACAAAAUCAAAAUCAAAUUACUAUAUUAUCAUUACCUAAAUCAUCACCGACACAACUUGUUAUAAAUCAGUCUCCUUACCCACAGACUAAGCUUCAAGCACUUGACAAAGUUGUAAAGGAACUUGAAACUUCUGUUAAAAAUGGCAUAAACAUUGAUGAUCCUCAUAUAUUUUCUUCACUUCUUGAAACCUGCUUUCAUUUAGAUGCCGUAAAACAGGGUAUCCGUAUCCAUCACCUAAUACCCGAAAAGCUUUUACGUAGAAAUGUAGGUGUUUCAUCUAAACUGCUUAGAUUAUAUGCCACUAAUGGCUAUAUUGAGGAAGCCCACCAAGUGUUUGAUUAUAUGUCUGAGAGGAAGUCAUAUGCUUUUGCUUGGAAUUCACUUAUAUCGGGCUAUUCUGAAAUGGGUAUGUUUGAGGACGCAUUGGCGUUGUAUUUUCAAAUGGUGGAAGAGGGUGUAGAGCCAGACAAUUUCACGUUUCCUCGAGUCCUUAAAGCUUGUGGUGGCAUGGGGUUAAUUCAUGUUGGUCAGGAAGUUCAUCGUGAGAUAGUUCGUCGAGGGUAUGCUAACGAUUUAUUUGUGCUUAAUGGGUUGGUUGACAUGUAUUCCAAGUGUGGUGACAUUAUGAGGGCAAGUAAAGUUUUUAAUAAAAUAGCAGAAAAAGAUUUAGUAUCUUGGAACUCGAUGCUUACAGGUUAUGUUAAACAUGGCCUCUUAUUCGAUGCUUUGGUUGUUUUUCGACGUAUGAUGUUAGAUGGGUAUGAGCCAGACUCGAUUUCAAUUUCCACAAUUCUCAUGGCUGGGUUGUCGCUAAAACUUGUAGCUCAAAUUCAUGGAUGGGUUAUCCGUAAAGGAAAUGAGUGGAAUCUACCGAUAGUGAAUUCUCUCAUUUUUGUGUACUCAAAUCAUGGCAGGCUUGAUAAAGCAAGACAGGUCUUUGAUCAAAUGCCAGAAAGAGAUUUAGUUUCAUGGAAUACCAUAAUUUCAGUCCACAAUAAACACCCAAAUGCUCUUGAAUAUUUCAAGUGUAUGUUGAGUGCCAAUAUCUCCCCUGACGCUAUUACAUUCGUUUCUGUAUUAACAGCUUGUGCUCAUUUGAGAUUGGUGAAGGAUGGAGAAAGAUUGUUUUCUACAAUGACGGCGGAAUAUGAAAUAGUUCCAAGUAUGGAACAUUACGCGUGUCUGGUAAAUGUUUAUGGCAGGGCUGGACUGAUUACUGAAGCUUACAAAGUGAUCGUAGAGAGAAUGCAAUUUGCAGCUGGUCCAACAGUCUGGGGUGCAUUGCUACAUGCUUGUUAUGUUCAUGGGAAUGUAGAACAUGGAGAAAUUGCUGCCGAAAAGCUAUUCGAGUUGGAGCCUGAUAAUGACCACAAUUUCAAGCUUUUGAUGCAGAUUUACGGCAAAGCAGGUCGUAUGCAAGAUACAGAAAGAGUUAAAAUGAUGAUGGUGAGCAGAGGAUUCGACUUGUAGAGGUUAUAAAUUGUUCAUAAACAUGGCUCUUGUAAUAACUCAUAACAAGUUUAAGAUUAGUCAUUUUCUUCGAAUCAAACUAUGCAAUGGUUUUGAUUAUUCAUUAUACAAUAACAAUGGUUAUUGUAAUAGUUAAAAGUAGAUUAUUAUUUUUCCCGACAAAA